UGGAUGGAGCCAGACCUGCGACCCGCCGUGCUGCCCAUCAAAAAGGAAGCCGAGCGGCAGGAUAAGUUUCGUCCAAAGGGGCCUCGCCCCACGUUCACCGCCGCGGGGCGGCGGGAAGCGUUAUUUACGCUCUCACCCACUGCCACUCAGGUGCAGCGUGCUGCCCGGUCGGCCCGCGCCAAGGGUUGUGCUAAGCUGGGGAAGGUGCUCCGAGAGCGGCGCGCGACAGAGACGUCCUCGUCCUCGUCUGAAAACGAGUCGGCUGGAGAGGACGAAGACAUUAUGUUCGCGUCUGCAGAGGACCACGCAGAGGUGGACACUCAGCCCGAGGUGGACCCCACUGACCCGUCCCAAGAACAAGAUCAAGUAACGGGCGAACACCGCGACGGACAGGGACAAGGCGAAGAACAGGGGCGAGAGGAUAUCAUAUGUAAAAACGUCCCCACACCAGAGUCAAGAUGGGAACUGAGCAACACAAAUCCAGAAGUUUUGGGAGCCAUGCAUGACAAGUUGCAGUCCGUAGUGUAGUGCAUGUUAGCAACGACGACCGCAUCACAAAUUCAUCUGCUUAUCCUGUUUACAGCAUUACAAAUUCCAAAACACGAUCGGAAACGCCCCUGAAGGAGAUGCGCAUUACAAAUCUUCCUGUAAUCGCAAAUAUGCAUGACAACUCUGGGGUGGGGACAUUUUUACUCAGGAUAGAGGAAAUUACGGGAGGGGCGGCGGAGGUGCAUCAUGUUGACGACGACUGGGUUAUUGUGAGGAAAAGUCCCCCCUUCCCAUACCAACCCGGGACAAUUCUGAAAAUUUGUGAUGCUGAUUUGUGACCACAAAUCGACUCUGUAUUGCAAGAAGGCAAAUCGAAAAAACCCCGCCGCGUUCUGCAGGGAAUUUGUCAUGCUGUGUGGCCUACAGAGGAUGCGACUGCCUUGCCAGGCGCCUACACCAAAACGCCCCUACCCAGGCUCUUUAUCUGCCUGCAGUCCUCUACUGCACGACAAAGCCGAUUUGUGUACAGAAAUUCCGCAUCGCGGAUUUUCAUUUCGGUAUGGGGCGGGGGGAUGUUUCCUUUUGAUAUGGGUCGCGUUUUUUUCCCCGCAUGAUUGGCUGUAUCACGGGGUUCAGGUCAAGGACGCGAGACUGCGGUGCUGGGUUGAUCACGUUGAGGCAGUUGUCUGUCCGGAUCCUGAAGAUUUGGCGCCGCGCAGCGACCCGUACCCUUCGGAGGCAACGCCGGAGUCACAAUGCUCGAGCAAUCAUGACGUCGACAACGAGUCGAGGAGCUCGACGAGCUCUAGUAGCGCUGGCGACCAGGAGGUGAGCCAGCAAGUCAACAAUAUUGCCUCCGUCUCUUCGCGGCCCCAUGGCGACGUCGAAGAGCUCCGGCCUGCCGCGGAACAACUUUUCAUUCCGCACGGCCUCGAUGAUGUCAAUUUGGAGCGAGAACAAC